GCCGCCGAGGAGGGGAGGGGGAGCCCCCGGCCCCGGCUCCGCUAGCCCCAGAUCCCCCCGCCCCGGCCCACAUCCCCCGACUCUCCAGCCAUGGAGGACGGUGGCGGGGGCCCCGAGGCGGCGUCCGUGCUGGAGAAGAACGUGGCCGAGCUGACCGUGAUGGACGUGUACGACAUCGCCUCGCUGGUGGGCCACGAAUUCGAGCGGGUCAUUGACCAGCACGGCUGCGAGGCCAUCGGGCGCCUCAUGCCCAAGGUGGUGCGGGUGCUGGAGAUCCUCGAGGUGCUGGUGAGCCGACACCACGUCAGCCCCGAGCUGGACGAGCUGCGUCUGGAGCUGGACCGGCUCCGCCUGGAGAGGAUGGACCGGAUCGAGAAGGAGAGGAAGCAUCAGAAGGAGCUAGAGCUUGUGGAGGACGUCUGGCGAGGGGAAGCCCAAGACCUUCUCACGCAGAUCGCCCAGUUGCAGGAGGAAAACAAGCAGCUGAUGACCAACCUGUCCCAUAAGGACGUUAGUUUCACCGAAGAAGACUUCCAGAAACAGGAAGGCAUGUCUGAGCGGGAGCGGCAAGUGAUGAAGAAGCUGAAGGAGGUGGUGGACAAGCAGCGGGAUGAGAUCCGAGCGAAGGACCGCGAGCUCGGCCUGAAGAACGAGGAUGUGGAGGCGCUACAGCAGCAGCAGAGCCGACUGAUGAAGAUCAACCAUGAUCUUCGGCACCGCAUCACCGUGGUGGAGGCUCAGGGCAAGGCCCUGAUCGAGCAGAAGGUGGAGCUGGAGGCCUGCCUGCAGACCCAGGAGCAGGAGAUGGGCAGCAUGCGGGCCGAGAUCGGGAAGCUUCGGGAGAAGCUGAAGGGGGAGCCCAGCCAGAACGGAGAGGAGGCGAGCGAGACGGAGGUGGGGGGUGAGGAGUACGUCCCAGAGUCCGAGAAGGCAGCGAUGGAGAAGGACCCAAACCGCCCCCGCUUCACGCUGCAGGAGCUGCGAGACGUGCUGCAUGAGAGGAACGAGCUGAAGUCCAAGGUGUUUUUCUUGCAAGAAGAACUUGCUUAUUAUAAGAGUGAGGAAGAUGAAGAAGAGAGCCGAACACCCCAUCCCACCCCCCUCAUCCACUCCAAAACGUCCCCCCAGCCCGAGUCUGGGAUCAAGAAACUUCAAGAAGGGCGUUUAAGCCACGGGUUUAGUUUCUUCUCUCGAGACAAAAAGCGCCUGGCCAACACGCAGAGAAACGUCCACUUCCAGGAAUCGUUCGGCCAGUGGGCAGACUCCCACAGAGACGAUGGCUACACCGAACAGGGGCAGGAAGCGUUACAGCACCUGUGACUUUCACUCUGCCUGGGCUCGUGACUGGAUGGUCAGGAACCAGCUGGCACCCAUAAAGCAGACCUCACGGCCCCUGGCAGCUCAGCCCUCUGCACCUCGUGGUCGUGUGUCUUUUUGGAUGUACUUUCCACCCAGGGACACUGAGAUACGUGCUGUGUGCUUGGGACACCAGACCUCUAAAAACAGACUCCAGAUUCCACAGUCGUCGUCGUGGUUUAGAUGGGGUCACUGUGUGACCCUCACGUAUACAUUCGUAGGUCACGGAUUUAAUGCCCCGCUAGUGUCUGGUCUGGCUUUUGCGCUCCCUCCGGUAACACAGGCUUCUCUAAACCAAAAACACAGUGUAUGGCACCCUGACAGUGGCCAGCACCCCCUUGGUCUGUGGGUACUCUCUGACCCGUCGUGUUUCUGUAAUACAGAGGUGAUGGUGGCCCCUCUUUAGUUCUGUUGAUGCCGUUUUCAAAGCGGCCCAGGCAGAACUCUAACAUUUGAUCAGGUUUCCCCUGGGGCACCUUUUAGCACAAGCUCUGGGAACUCUGUCUCAGGGCAGCAUUCACCAGUGGACAACAGGACCCUGCGACCUCACAACUGGAGGCAGCCGUGCAAGAAGCGAGGGGGUGGGCGUCGUACCCUGGGAUUUAUAGUGCCUAAAGCAUGUAGAUACUGGUGUACAAGGUGAGUGUGCCUUGGGUUUUGCUGAGUUAUAUGCAGUAUUAACCAAACAAAAAAAACUGCUAAAAAUGAUCAAUUUUAACACA